UAUUACUGAGGGGCGUCAAUAGAGCGAUUGCAGACCAGAUAGAGCCUGAACUCAUGUUCUAGAUUUUCACAAGCACCCAGGUUGCUAGUGUCUCGGCACAACCUGUCAACAGAUAGCAAUCAUUGCAAAUUAAGGGUUCACCAAGCUUACUGACACGAAUGAAAACAUGGAGGUCAUUAUAUCGCUAUAUUUGUCCUCAACCGCCGAAACUCCUGAAGUCUCAAUGAUUUUAAAGCAAUUAAAGCAAUUGCAAUGGCUAUUACGGUCCCCAUUAAUGCCACAAACCAGACUUUCUUGUUUGGCAURUCCUUCACAAGGUUGACCCUAUUAAUUGAAAAUGAAAGUGCUUUUUCGAUAAAGCCUGACUCCGAUUUUGAGCCCUCCCGGACGCCGACCAACCUCUCGUGACCCGACUCAGACACUUGUUUAAGUAUUGAUGGAACAAAAAGGUCCGUUCCACGGCUGACCUAUCUGUCUCCAGCCCUUAAUCUGUCUCAAAACAAGAGCCUGAUUGACAAAUACGUUCUUAGGUUUGAGCUUAUAUUAGGCUUUUUAAAGACCUGAUAAACCUAGACUAAAGUUCACCCAUGCUCUCAUAAAUCUGACGUCACUCCGCUUCAGCUGAAAAGCUUGGCUUAUUAGUUCUUGUAGAAAGAGUUGGAUAUUAAGGCUGGCUUGUGUACGCAUCGGACGGAACUAGCGCGUUAUGCAGUAGGACAGCAGGAGGGCCGAUUGAUACAUACCUUGGUUAUAUCAUGCAACCCGGUCAGAGGGGCUGGCACUAUUAGCACGUGUGAUUAUAGAGAAUCAAACAAACAUGGCGGAUGCUUUGAACGGAGCGUAAAAGUUUACAACAGCUCGGAAAACUCGCCUACUUUUCCCCUACACUGCUGUUAAACUGUCUUACAUGGACGAAAACAAGCCAUGGUCUCUACUAGACUUAUGUUUGAGUGCAGUAGGAAAAAAUGGACGUGGGUUGACACCGAAAUAUUUGCGAGACACUCCGAGGCAUCUCUUAAUGCAAAUACUACAGAGUUUGAAUCCGUUUGACUUGGAAAGGCUUGAAGAAGGGGAUAUUCGCAGUUUGACUGGUAUCGACACAGACAGUUUAUGGCAAUUGCACUAUUGUCAGCAGUGGCGCCAUAAAGGCAGGUGGCCAGAGUCAUACUAUCAGGCUGCUAAGAACAGUAGUAGGUUAAAUGAAAAGAUCCCCUGGCGUGUUCUCUAUUGGCAGCGACAUUUCCAGGAAGUUGUGAAUAGUACUGAGGCCAAGACAGCUGUUGUUCACUGGCAUCCAGAAAGCCGUUCCCUUCCUCAAGACUCCAAGGAUGGAAUGAGGGCAAAAGCAAGUGAACUAUUUCUCCAACAAUCUGCUGGAAGGUUUGGCAAGUAUGCCACUUAUCUAAGACUACACAACUCGGCAUUGACUUACUUAUCUACGCAUUUAGACAUAUUCCAGGAAUUUGCCAGCCACGUUGAAUUUUUGGAAAUCUAUCAUCUACGGGAAAAUGGUGUUGAUGCCAUGUGUUCCCUUCUUCAAAUCCUUCUGGCCAAGAACCUGAAGUCUGUUGGAAUGUGCUUUCCUAAAGUGAGAGAUAUUAAUCUCUGGAGUAAGAUACUACAUAUAAGUUCUACUGGGUUUGUUACCAGUAAACCUCAAGUAUCUAUCGGGAAGGUGCAAGCUGUUAAAAAUGCUAAGGUUACUAAGACUGCACCUAAUCCUACUCCCCCUGCAACCCCAAGCCCCACAACACCAAAGCCAUUACAUCUAUAUGUUGUACAAGGACAGAAUGAUAUACGCCUAGGAGUGAUUGAUGGCUCAAUAAAUAUUAUUAAUGAACAGCCACCAAGUGUGCAUUCAAAUACUGGUACCACGAAUGAUGAAUUAAUCAGUAAUUCCAAUGAUGUUACGAAUGGACAUGUUGUUUCACAUAGUGUUACUGAUGCUAAUCUAAGCCAGGUUACCAGCGUCAACACACCAAACCACAUCAAGGAAUAUGACAAUAUUGAUUUUUAUGACUUCGAUGAGCACAGCAAAGACAUUCUGGAAAUUCAGGAGUCAUCUGAUCACUAUAAGAAUGGCAAUGGCAUAGAGGAUGUUCAUUUUGAUUCUAACGAUCUUUAUUCAGAGGUGUUUCAUAAGCAAACUAUAGAUAUCAGCGAAGAUGCAAGUUUCUCUUUCCAUGAUCUCUUUGGGCCAAACCUUCUGGAAGAUCACCAUACAGGAGUGACAAGAGUACCACCGGAGGAAAAAGAAGUUGUGAAGGAGAUGCCACCAGUUAUUCAGAUCCCAGCACCCGAAACCCCUGAAGCAGUUGGAGGGUUCUCUUUUCUUCAGCAUUUUGAAUUUUCUUCGUUUUGGUUUCAUGAUGAUCUUCUUUUUCUUUUUGCUAAGUCAUUGAGACAGUGGCAUAACCUGGAGUCCUUAGUUCUGAGAGACAAUGCAAUAGGCUUCCAGUCUAAAGGAAAGAUCUUAAUCGAUGCUCUAAUACCGUUAUGUCUAAAAGGGAAAUUAAAAUAUCUCAGAAUCGAAAUCAACCCAGUCGAUGAUCAUUUUGUGUCAUUGAUAAGUGAAGGCAUUGGAACCUACUGCUCAACUUGCCAUUCAGGUGUCCAGACGUCCCUCAGGGUCCUCUAUCUUUCGUCCAGUAAGAUCACUGCAUUGGGUGUCAGUCACUUAGCUGGGAAGCUCUUAAAUAAAUGCACAUGUCCUCCCAAACCAUCUGAACUGUUGCCGCACAGCCGAAAAUUUAGGAAAAGUCUUCCUGAGCCUUUGUCAUCCUCAAAACGGCGCCGACUCUCCCGAUACAGUCGUGACUCUCUGCCAACGAAAAUAACUGCUGAUGACUCCUCAUCAUCAAGUGACAGUAUGAGCAGUACAAGUAGCAGUAGCUACUCGAUUAGCUCGCAAGAUUCCGAUUCACAGGACAGUUUUUCUCAGGAGUUGACAAGUCUCAAACUGACUAAGACCCCUGAGCCUCAUUUUGAUGGUCUUCAGGAACUGACAAUAUGUAGCACAAUAGGCGAUGAAGGGGCGUUUACCCUCUCAAGUGUUUUAGGUAAUAAUAGUACUCUAAAAUAUUUGGCCUUACCAAGCUGUGGUAUGCACACUGCUGGGCUGGCAUCAAUCUUCAGAGCCAUAUCAGGUGAAUCCAGCAGAAAAUGCAACAAAACUCUAAAAACCUUGAUUCUUCGAGAGAACUCUUAUGAACCUUCACACGAUAACAGUUUAUCUGUUCUCCUCAAGAAUGGAAAACUAACAGAGCUAGAUAUAAGUUUCUGUGGACUUGAAGUUCUCAGUGGCGAUGUCAUUAGUUCACUGGGCCAAAACUCAAGUUUAAAAAGUCUGAAUAUUGCAGGAAAUAGACUUGGUGAUGCCGGGCUAUCAGCUCUUUCUCAGAUAUUCAGCCAACCAGGAUGUUCCUCGAAUUUGACAAAGCUGGACCUCAGUUACAAUCAAGGUACAGCAGCUUCCAUCGGCACCCUUGCAUCAGCACUUCAUAAAUUCUUACCCAAGCGACUUGAAGAAAUCAACUUGGCAGGAAACUUCUUGGGUUCAUGUGUCAGUAAAGUAGUGUCCAGUAUUCGUCCUCUGGUGAGGAAUGUGUUUGCUGGCAAUCUGGAUAGCAGUACGAUAUAUGCUGAUUAUAUUAGCCAAAUGUGAUUCUUGUGGCGUUGCUAACGGAUCAUUAAUUUUUUUAUUUUGACUGAGAAACAAUUUUGAGGAUGUUUGAGUGAUUUUACUUUGCAAGUGAAACAAAGAUGUAUAAUUAAUAUCUAACCGUCAAAGUGAAACAAAAGAAAUUAAUGGAAUUAGCAUAACAUUCAUUAUAUUGUUUGGUACUAACUAUUUCUUUAAAGGCCAAGUAAAAUUACUCUAAUCUUAGGAAUGUACUCAUUAACCUUAAAUAGCUAGUAGAGGUUACUAGAUGACCCCCCCCC